AUGAGGAUCGCGACCUUACAGUUACGCUCCCGACUGGCGGAUGUCGAGGGAAAUAUCCGAAAAGCUGAUGCACUGGUUGGAAAGCUAGAUACAAUGCUCCAAGGUAAAGGCAAGAGGAAAAGCCUCGACCUACUAGUUUUACCAGAGAUGGCGUUCAGUGGAUAUAACUUUCCAUCCCUGAAGGCUGUACGACCGUAUCUUGAACCGUCAGAGGCCGGGCCAUCGGCUCACUGGGCACGCACUGUUGCGCAGAAGUUAGGUUCCGUUGUAGCCGUGGGAUACCCCGAGAUCUGUCCUUCUGUGCUGCAAGAUAACCUAUCUAUACAAGCUAAAACAGGGGAAGAAGAUGUGCAAGGCGAACGCAGAUUCAACUCGCUUAUUGUGGUCAAAGAAUCUGGUGAGACGUUGGUAAACUAUAGAAAACACCAUCUUUAUUACACCGAUGAUCCGUGGGCUCACGAAGGAGAAUCGCAUGAAAGCGGGUUCUUCUCAAUGCCCUUGUCUACUACUACGUUACAACAAAAGAUACCCAAAGAUGACGGUGGUUCCAUCUGUUCUAAUUCCUCCCGAAAGAACGAGAUACCCACCACGGUAGGAAUAUGUAUGGACAUCAACCCGUAUAAGUUCAUCGCGUCCUACAGUGCCUGUGAAUUUGCAACCCAUGCUCGAACAAGCGGAGCAAAGUUGGUGGUUGUAUCUAUGGCAUGGCUGACGCUAUUGGGCUCCGAAGAGCUAUCUACGAUGAGCGACAAGCCUGACAUGGAUACAUUCCAAUACUGGAUAUCCCGGUUUGCGCCCCUUUUCUUGCCCGACGAAGAGGGUGUGGAGGGCUCACCUGGCGAAGUGGCUGAGCCGCAGGUCAUCAUUGUGUUUGCCAACCGGGCCGGGGAAGAAGAGGGACAGGAAGGCAAGGAUACUGCGAGGUAUGCUGGGUCGAGUUGUGUGGUCGGCAUCCGACGGUGUCCACGCAAAGUGGGAUGUGAGGAUGAAGAUAGUGUCGAGAUUCUGAUAUGGGAUAUGCUUGGGGCAGCGGAAGAGGGAAUCUGCCUUGUCGACACUGACUCAACGCCUAGAAUGGUCGGAUCUGUAAAGAUAUGA